AUGACAAGCUGCAUGGCAUGGGACAUAGAGAAUGAAGCUGGAGGUGAUGAAGAUUUCCCUCAGUUACUCACGAGAGCUAUAAUUACUGGUUGUGUUAAUACUACUAUUACUCCUAGUUCUUGUGGUUCUAGUUGUACUGUUACUUUUUACCGUGCCGGUAAUACGUAUGGUAUAACUCUUGCUUCUGGUAAUACUCCUAUUGGUAUUACUGGUGCUGUUACUGCCAGUAGUGCUAUAACGUUUGGCGUUUCUAAUGUUGGUGGUAUUAGUACUGUUACUAUUGCUCGCAUUAUUAAUAAUGCUGGUAUUCCCGUUACUAUGAGUCGUCCUGGUAGUGGUGCUAUAACUGUUAAUCUUUGUGCUCCCAAAUAA